UUGUCAAAAUAAUUAGCUCCGGAAUUGAGGCCAUCGGCUUUGCACGUGCCUCUUCAGAUUACAUAACAUCAGAAAUUCUGACUGGGAAUAAUCCACCUACUAUAAAUGUUUUGUACGAAACAAAGCAAAAAUACGAUUUGUGUACACAGUCCCAUGGUUUAUCUUUUGUAUAGGUCGCGUUAUCAGUGUAAUUCCAGGUCUCAGUGUGUUGUUUAGAGUCGAAAUGACCAAAAAUUGGUGCGAUCGCUGUGUCAAGUUGGUCGUGUACUACGUGAUUUUUUCCAAUAUCUUGUUGCCUAUGUUGCUGUUGUUCAUCAAUGACCCGAAUUCCUGCAUUUCCUUCUCGGAUAUAUUGACUUCGAUCGUGUGGAUCGUCAGCGGGAUUCUCUUACUGAUCGGGCAAGGAAAAGUACAUACGGAUCUACGUCAUGUUGACGACGGUGUGUUUGCUCGUGGGGCCUGUUUAUUGGGCUGUGUACCCUGGAGAUGGAGUUUUCUUACUGUAUCUACUUGUUUUAUAAACAAGUGGCCAAAGUUAACGAACCCGCUGAUUUACACACCCCCACACAAAGCAACGAAGACAGCCCUCUACAAACACCAAAAAACGACCGCCGGGGGCAGAAAGAGGUCGUUUAAAUGUGUUGGAAAUAAAGUAUAUUUCAAGUCACCGAUGUUUUCAGUUGACACCUCUUGCUUUUCCGCAGGAAUGGGACUCGAGGUACAAAUUUUAAGAUUCGAAGAGGCUUUCCUAAAGCGACUAACAGAAUGCGUCCAUUGGGUGUUUUUCUUGCUAGGUUAAUGUAUUCCUGGAAAUCAUGUGACGUGCCACGAUCAGAAUGUGCGGAUUUAUGAUUUUCUUAUCUGUCCAUUGUGUUUAAUCUAUCAAAUAAUUCGGUCAUUUGCAGACAGUUGUUAUGAAUUGUGGUAUGACGUGCGUGUGUAAGCAGAAUUGUUCUGGGGUGAGCCAAGGUUGAUCGUUUGCACCUUGGUUUUUUUCGUUGUUCGUCAACGACGUUAUUAUUUAUAUUUUCAGUCAACUGCAAACAAAGCAGAACGUUUGACGUUUUACUUUAAACACAUAUUUGUGUAAUUUGUUAAAUAAAUUGUGAUUUUUUUGCUAA